AUCCUUCCGUCAAUAAAUCUAAAAGAAAACAAUAUUUUUACUUUGCUUAAAAGCGUAAUAUUGCUUAUGAGCUGUCGGAUAUUUUCAAGUCUUCAAAUGCACAAUCAAUUCAUUGACUCCGUUUCGUGCUAUCGCUUCGCGCGCACAAUUACGACACUCUGACAUCGGAUACCACUUAGAUCACCCGGGUAACGAGGCUUUUUCCCCAGAAAGAUCCGUUUUUCCAUAAGAGUGCAUAACCUGUUAACGUAAUUAUUGUUUGAAACUAUGAAAKCACUCCAAUUUGUAUGUAGGCGGUGACUGCUUCGAUUUACCGAAUAGGAGUUGCCUUAAGUGGUCACAUCUCGCCAUCCUCUCUACUGUGACAACGCACUAUCCAGCUAUUACGCAGCUUGGCAUGAAUUCGUCGACGUGUAAUGUUAGCCUUGGAAACUCUUCUUGCCUCUCAGCAGUUGUACUCCCUCCGUGGUACCAGAAUGGCUACAGUGUCACUAUGUUUGUGUUGUACAUCGUUGUUAUCUUGGCUGCGCUUGUUGGCAAUAUUCUCGUCUGUACAGCAGUGUACAUCAACCCACAUCUGAGGCAUAAUGUUGCGUCUUAUUUCAUUGUGUCAUUGGCCAUCUCUGACAUCGGUACCGCAAGUUUUUCCAUGCCUUUUGACGCGGAAGCGUUCACGACGUACAGACGCUGGUAUCACGGUGAAGUGUUGUGCAUUGUGUGGACAACGGCGUAUCUCUUCACGGUUCCUUCCUCCAUUUGGAAUCUAUUCAUAAUGAGUAUCGAUCGAUACAAGACCUUAAAGAAUCCCUGGAACCGCUUCAAAGAAUCGCACUCAAUGACAUCAAGGCGUGCUAACAUUACAAUAAUAGUUCUCUGGGUUUACUGCCUGGUUAUUGCCUUACUGCCUGUCACUGGCUGGAGGUUUAAAGCCUACCCACGAAGCGUUAUUAAUAACUAUUGCGCCUUCAAUAUCUCCAAGUAUUUCAGUUUAGUGGGGUCCUUUGUCAACUUUUAUCUACCGAUGUUUGCGAUGUGUGGAAUUUAUUACAAAGUGUACAGAAUUGCUCGCGCCCACAGAAAGUUCCCCUUGGCACUCGAAACCCGCUUCCAUAAAGUCUCGACUAAUGAGUCUCAAACUGCAAGCACGCAAUUUCCAGGUGAUAGCAUGAAUGUUGGUAGACCUUCCAUCGACCAACAACAAAGUCACGAUUUAGAAAACAAGCAAGGCAACGAUACUGUUGGGUUGGAGAAUGUGUCAUUUUGCUUCGAAGAAAACAAUUGCAGUUCUAGCGGCCGCGAUUUUGGCGCGAGAAAAGAUAGCCCACGAAAUGCCAUUUUGAGCCGCGGCAAGUGUACGAAGGACAAAGGACAAGUGACUGACAAGUUAGCCCACGGCUACUCUGAAAGCUCGCUUAAUAUGGAUGAGCAAUAUUGCUCCGAGGAAUUUGUAUCUGCUAAGCAUUUUCAUCCUAGAUAUAAAAGAAAAAGCUAUGGGCAACAUGACAAACGGAAAACCAAUCAAGAUUGCAUUGCACAAAAGUUGGAAUGUGAUGACACUACACUUGCCGAAAGCGAUGCAAAGUGCACCGUCAAUGAAGCCAAAGCGACGUUUAUUAUGUCAAAUGAGAGAGCUUCAGCUGUUGAAGGGCGACUUAACUGUCUUGAGAAGGAUGAAUCUCAUGUAAGGAAAAGUGGUUUAGAGAAAUCUCAUAAUGACAACACUUGUAUGGAGGACGACGCGAAAACUAACCACGCCGAUUCCUCCGAAAAAAGAAAGCACCACAACACCCCUACCAAGAGUAAGAUUGAUUUUAACGCUCGCAAAAACAAAGAUCGACAUUUUCCUUUGGAAAAGAAGCUCAAGCAUGAAAGCCCUUACCCAAACGAAGAAGGCUGCAGUCUUAAAAAGUUUCGGCAAAAGUCUGAUGAAGAUGCUAGUCCACUUCCAGCCACAAUCACCGAGGUAACUGAGGGAAAAAAGAACGAUACAAUAACCUCUUCUAACAAAAGAAGAAUGAARCAUUUCGCUGUGAAUACCAAAGCUGCGCGUACAAUUUCUAUCAUCGUUAGCGCGUUCCUUGGCUGCUGGAUGCCCUUCACUACUUUAAGCGUGACUUUCAACUUCUGUGGUGCRCCGUGUUGGAAAAUAAAGGGAAUUGACAUUUGCACUGACGUUCUUCUUUUGCUGGGAUAUGUUAACUCCGCCAUUAAUCCUGUACUUUUUAGCUAUCAAAAUAUGAACUUUAGAAAAUCGUAUAGGCAAAUAGCCCAUUUCUUUUUGCAAUGUUUUAAAGUAUGUAAAGAUGACUGAUUAGGCAGUCUUUUACCCAGGCGUGCAUUGCAAGCGCGGGCGGGUCCUGUGACGCCACGAGAGGUCAAGGAASAGCGGUAAAGCUGCGACUUUGCUUCGUCCAUUUUUUUGUUUUGGAGACUGGGCCGAAUUGUGACGUAAUUUUAGUGAUAGCUUUUUCACUGACAAAGCAGAACGAUGGCUAACUCAAUUUAAACUUCAUUUUCUAAUGGCUAUGAUUAAUAAAUCGUCUUUUAAAAAAUAUAAUCUAUUUCGUGUAUGUAAAUCUCACAUGUAAAAUCAUCAGUUUAUAACAAAAACAUUUAAAGCUGAUUUUUUUAAAAGAACGGGARCUCAUUGCAAUACGUGAUCUAGAAUCUAGCAGCUGUUGCAGAAAAAGUAACAUAUGUAAAGCGAUCUCAUUCACGACGGAAUGAUUCUUUGUAAAACCAUCACACUGUUUACAAACGACACGAUAAGAAACUCGUCAGUAUCGUGUGUGCUGAAUACUAGCAACACAUGAAAAUAUAUUAACUAAAAUAUUUCACUUCAUAUUAAAA